AAUGCUCACCAGGAGAGCACCAGGGAAGAGAAAGAAGCUGAACUGUAACAAGAGCAACGGAGGACCGAUGCUAGGCAUAUUUUGCUGGGAAUAGCGAGGCUCAGUCAGGUAAAGCUCAGGAGCCUGAUGCUGUGAGACUUUAAGCUCUGGUCUGCUGCUGUUCCUUCCUCCUUUUCCUCCUGGCUUCUACCAGACAGCAGCCCAUCAGAUGUUCGUCCCUGCUGUGGAGGAUGUCUGGUCCAGUAGAGGAUGUGCCCUGCAUGAACUUUGAAGCCAACAUAUUUGCAAAGGGCCUGUGCCAGCACUGUUUUAGAGCAGCAGGGGCUCACCAGCACACUACCCAGGAGCAUGCUGUGGAGGUGGUGGGGCGCGAUGCCGGCAGCGAGGUGGAGCCCGGUGGGCCCUGGGACGCCCUCCACAUUUUAGCCCCACAGUGCGAGGUGUAUGUGUGCGUGGGCCCGGCAGAGGCAGCAGAGCGCUGGCACGAAAACAGGGGAUAUCCCCCACUCAGCCCCGGAGCUGAGGGUGAGCACAGAGAAACCGGCACCAACCCCAGCGCCUGUGCUGAAGCCACCUCCACGUUUGCCAGGGACGGGGAAAUGACCCGACUGUGGGACAACACUUUGGGAUCAGGCAAAUGGGACAUGAUGAACUACGUGGGCCUCAAGGAGGAGGUGCGGCCACGAGCCCUGCAGGCAGACAGGCCCAGGUGGGCUCAGCCCGUUCCCUCUGGAUCCUGGGUGAGAGCUGAGGCCCAGGGCUUUAGGAAAGAGAUCUGCCCACUGAAAGCAGAGCGCCGGCCCGCCAGCCAGAAGCCCGAGGAGAGCUGGCCGAAGCACCGCAAACCCGACCCUCCCUGGGCAGCCUCCCCGCCGCGUGCCACUGGCGGCUCCUCGCCGGCCCGUUACAACCCAGCGGGCGCCGGCGGGCACCUUGUGGGCUCCCGAAGCCGGGAGCCCCGUGGGCACCCCGCCAGCAGCGGGGGCACGGACGGGCGGCACGUGCUGGAGAGGCAGGAGUACACGGUGCUGGCAGACCUGCCCAAGCCCAAGCGUCUCGGCCAGCGGGAAGCUGUUGACCGCUACGGCUCCCGCACGCUCAGCCCCGGCCGGGUGGAGGUGGAGAAGAUAUUUGGCUGUGAACGCAGGAAGUCAGAGACCCUGGAGGCCUUCCAAGCCCUGGAGGAGGGCCGCGUGGAUCGGCUUGAUGGCAAGACUCCGGUGCCACCCAGCAAAGGCCGCCCAGUUCAGAGGCAGUCCAGCCCCAGCCUGCCCAGAGAGGGUCAGCGUCCCUCCUGGCACCUCGAGCAGCGCAGCAGAGACCCCAAGGAGCACUUGCGUUCCCCCAGCCCGGCUCGACACCCUGAGAAGGCCAGCAGGAACUGGGGGGACACCCCACGCUCCGCCAGCCCUGGGAGGCUGCUGGAGAGGGGCAGCCGGAGCCCACGCUCCGCAAGCCCAGCUCACCGCUCGGAGAGGAAGGCAGGAGAGCCCGUGAGCCCUCCCUGGCGAGCGGAGAAAAGCUGGAGGAGCCGAGGGGAGCCCAGCCGCACCGCGACCUUAGAGAGGGGCCGAGCCACCUGGCAGACCGGUGGCACAGGCCCAGGCCCGGAGCGGAAGAGCCGAGGGGACUCCCUGCACCCCACGGGCCUUGGGAACAGUGUGCUAAGCCGAGCAGGGCCGCCGCCACGGUCCCUCAGUCCCGGGAGACGUCCGGAGAGCGGCACGUGGAGAAGCCAAAAGGAGACCUCCCCUCCCAGCCCAGGGCGGGGGGCAGAGAGGCAGCGGGCGAAGUCGGGGGAGCCACUGCACCUCAGGGGGCCCGGCAAGCCACCCGAAUGUGGCUGGCGGAGCCUCCGGGAAAAGCUGCCGCCCUCCCACCCCGGGAAGGGUGCCGGUAGUGACUGGAGAGGCCGAGGGAAGCCCCUGCGUCCCUCAAGCCCAACGCGACCGCCGGAGCAGGACUGGAGGAGUCGGGGCAAUGCCCAACCCGGACAGGCUUGGGAGAAGGACUGGAAGCGCCAAGAGAAGCCCGUGUGCCAUGCAGACUUGAUGCGCCAGCUGGAAAGGGACUGGAAAAGCCCUGCUAAAUGUUUGGAUGUUGGACUACGGCCCGAUGACAGCUGGAGAAGGCCUGAGAGUCCAGCACAGCGGCUGGAGGAAGACUGGAAGGGCCUUGAGCACGCCCAAGACACAGACAACCCAGAGAAGCCAUUGGAAAAUGACUUGGAGAACAAGAGGCUUCUCGUUUACCAUCCCCAGCUGGGUGGAGGUGCCUUCACACCGCAGGGCAACAUCAGCACCUCACGAAGCCCGCAGCCACAUUCGAAUGCCAGUGAGAAGCACAACAAGCCAGAUCUCCUCAAUUUCAAGAAGGGAUGGAUGUCCAUCCUGGACGAGCCAGGAGAGUGGAAGAAGCAUUGGUUUGUGCUGACCGACUCGAGCCUGAGGUAUUACCGGGAUUCAAACGCAGAGGAGGCCGAUGACCUCGAUGGAGAAAUCGACCUCCGCUCCUGCACAGAUGUGACGGAGUUCGCAGUGCAGCGCAACUAUGGCUUCCAGAUCCACACGAAGGAUGCCGUCUUCACCCUGUCAGCGAUGACCUCAGGCAUCCGACGCAACUGGAUCGAGGCCCUGAGGAAAAACGUGCGCCCAGUCAGCGCUCCGGAUGUUACCAAGCUCUCUGACUGUGAUAAGGAGAACUCCUUCCACAACUGCAUCCCCCAGAAGGGCUCACUGCGAACAGAGGAGCAGCAGCGCUCGGGUUUGGGCUCCGAGGCCAACUCCAAGGGCGGUCACUGGAAGGCGGAUGGGCCGCGCCAUGCCUUUGACUAUGUGGAGCUGUCUCCCUUGCCGCAGGACCCUGGGAAUCAAGGGUCCCUGCAGAGGACGAGAGGGAGCUCGAGGAUCUCUGAGCGAGCUCCCAAGCAGGAGGAGCUGGAGCGGGAUCUGGCCGUCCGUUCGGAGGAGAGGCGGAAAUGGUUUGAGAGCCCUGACGGCAGGGUUCCCAGCAGCGAGGGCUCAGUGGGAGACCCUCCCCGCAAGGUGGGGGAGCAGGACCUCCCCACAGCCCCGCUUUCGGAGGAGCAGCGCGUCCGGCUGAACGAGGAGAUAGAGAAGAAGUGGCUGGAGCUGGAACGCCUGCCCUUGAAGGACUCACGGCGGGUGCCCUUGACAGCACUGCUGAACCAGAGCAAGGGAGGCCAUGGAGAUAGCAACGAGGCACUGAAAAAGGAGGUCCAGUCACUGCGGGCGCAGCUGGAGUCAUGCCGAGCCCGAAACGAGAGCCUUCGGGAGGCGGCGAGAUCCCAGGGAGACAGCCACGUGCCCCGGGGGUACAUCUCACAGGAGGCCUGCGAGCGCAGCCUGGCCGAGAUGGAGUCAUCCCACCAGCAAGUGAUGGAGGAGCUCCAGAGGCACCACCAGCGGGAGCUGGAGCGCUUGCGGCAGGAGAAGGAGCGGCUCCUGGCAGAGGAGGCGGCGGCCACGGCAGCAGCCAUCGAGGCACUGAAGAAAGCCCACCGGGAGGAGAUGAAUAAGGAGAUGUGCAGGACACGAAGCUUCCAGCAAUGUAGCUCCAUCCCAGAUGCCCUCCAGAAGCAGCACCAGUUGGACAUGGAUUCCCUGAAGCGGGAGCUGCAGGUGCUUUCUGAGCAGUAUUCCCAAAAGUGCCUGGAAAUCGGGGAGCUCACCCAGAAGGCAGAGGAGCGGGAACUGACGCUGCAGCGCUGCCAGCAGGAGGGGAAGGAGCUCCUCCGGAAAAACCAGGAGCUGCAGACCCGCCUGUCAGACGAGAUCGGGAAGCUGCGCAGCUUCAUUUCGUCGCGGGGCUCUGGGGACCGCUCUCCGCACAACAACGAGCGGAGCUCCUGUGAGCUGGAGGUGCUGCUGCGGGUGAAGGAGAAUGAGCUUUCUUACCUAAAGAAAGAGGUGCAGUGCCUCCGGGAGGAGCUGCAGAUGAUGCAAAAGGAUAAGAGAUUUGCCUCAGGGAAAUACCAGGACGUGUAUGCAGAGCUGAAUCACAUCAAGGUGCGCUCGGAGCGGGAGAUCGAGCAGCUGAAGGAGCACCUGCGCUUGGCCAUGGCGGCUCUGCAGGAGAAGGAGGCGCUGCACAACAGCGGCGGUGAAUAACGGUCUGCUCUCUGUUUGUUUAUCUGUUCUUGUUUCGUAUUUGCUCCAUUCUCCCUUGCCAGGAGAGGGAGGUUGAAUCCCAUCCGUUACCGCCUUGGCAAGGAAUCCAGCCCAGCCCCCAGCCUCCUUACUCCCCUCCCAAAGCUUUUUUGAUGAACCCUUUUUUGCCUGCAUACCUGAGCACGUUGUUUGGACUGGCUCCUUACAUGCACCUUCUUCAGGAUUUUAUAUGUGAAAAUUAUAUUUUAUAGAGGACUUUUUCCCCCCCUCCCCGGGAAGAAGGGGAAGAGGAGGGGGAAAACUUUUACUACAUCACCAGCGUUUUCUAACCUGAACAAGAGAAUCUGGUUUUGCCUCCCUCCCCAGCCCCGUGACUCCUGGCCACACAGCCACCUUCGGCACCUAUUCCCUCUCUUCCAAAUGUCUCUGCAGCCCCCCUGGGAUGUACGCUGAGGACCACACUCUCCCCUCUGUGCCACCCCCAGGGAGCUGUGGAGAAGACACGCAAGCCAUAGGAGGGAGCUGCGGGGGUAGACUGCACGGGUGUGCUUGCCUGGGACUUUUGAAAUAGGAGACCUUGGCAAGAGUCCACAUGAUUGAGCUCUCUCUGUGACUGUCCUUUGGCUCCUUCAAGAACCCAAGUUGGCAGGAGCCCAAAGCCAAGGGGUUUCUUUCUGGGGAAGAGGAGCUGGGCGACUGCUACUGCACCUGCUGGAGCCAACCUUCCCCAAAGAUGGCAGCUGCUGCUGCUCUGCUGCACCCUUCAACUUUUAACUUAAUAAAAUCUUCCCCUUUCGCUGAGAAAAA